UACAUUACUCUCUCUAACAGAGCCUUCAUUGUUAUAUACAACUGGCAAAGAGAGAAAGUAGGAGAGAAAAAGAGCAAACAAGUGAAAACAGAGCAAAAUAAAUAAAGAGAAAAAGAGGUGAAAAGGCAUAUAUUUUCUUGUCACCGGCGGCGUUCUGCCGGCCGGUAAAAGAUUUUGUGAUAUAUUCAAAUACUAGUCACCUGCAUUGUGUUCUUUCUUCAUACCAAGAAAACACUAUGGAAAACCUGAGAUCUCCAUUCAAGGGAGUCAUCUAUGAUUUCAAAGGAAGGCUAGCGUGCUACAAAAAUGACUGGUUUGAUGCAUGUGGCUCGGGCGCAAGGUGAAGUCCUUUUGUCUAGUCUUGGAAGGAAUUUACAGGGAUUUUGUUUAUUAUUAAGCACUGGAUUUAAUUCUGAUUUUUUCUGUAUUAACCUUUUUCUCAGGAUAUUGGCUCCAACAGCAUACAUUUUCUUUGCUUCUGCUCUCCCAGUUAUCGCCUUUGGGGAGCAACUGAGUCGGGAAACAGAUGGAAGUUUGAGUACGGUUGAAACUCUAUCUUCAACUGCUAUCUGUGGAAUUAUCCAUGCAAUUUUCGGUGGACAACCAUUAUUGAUUUUAGGAGUUGCAGAACCAACAAUUAUAAUGUACACUUAUCUGUAUGGCUUUGCAAAGCCCAGGAUGGGAACAGAGCUGUACUUAGCCUGGGCCGGAUGGGUCUGUGUUUGGACUGCCUUGCUUCUGUUUCUACUUGCUAUCUUCAAUGCUUGCACAAUCAUCACCAGAUUUACAAGAGUGGCAGGGGAACUUUUCGGCAUGUUGAUCACUGUUCUUUUCAUUCAAGAGGCUAUCAAGGGUGUGGUCAGUGAAUUUCACAUUCCAAAAGGUGAAAAUGCGGCAGAAGAGAAGUAUCAAUUUCAAUGGCUCUAUGCUAAUGGUUUGCUUGCUGUCAUAUUCUUUUUUGGGGUUGUCAUCACUUCCCUGAAGAGCAGAAGAGCUAGGUCUUGGCGUUAUGGUACUGGCUUUUUUCGGAGUUUUAUUGCCGACUAUGGGGUUCCGCUUAUGGUUGUGCUGUGGACUGUGUUAUCUUAUAGUAUACCUGGCAAAGUUCCUUCAGGAGUCCCGAGGAGGCUCUUCUGUCCUCUUCCUUGGGAUUCUGAAUCAUUAGCUCACUGGACAGUGAUCAAGGAUAUGGGCAAGGUGCCAACAGGGUAUAUUUUUGCUGCCUUCAUACCAGCUGUGAUGAUAGCAGGGCUAUACUUUUUUGACCACAGUGUAGCUUCACAGAUGGCACAACAGAAGGAAUUCAACAUCAAAAAUCCGUCUGCUUAUCAUUAUGAUAUCAUGUUGCUUGGAUUCAUGACUUUGAUCUGUGGAUUGCUUGGACUUCCUCCUUCUAAUGGGGUCCUUCCACAAUCCCCUAUGCACACUAAGAGUCUUGCGGUCCUCAAGAGGCAGUUAAUACGGAAGAAAAUGGUGAAGAGUGCAAAGGAGGGCAUGAAAGAUCAAGCGAGCCACUCGGAGAUCUAUGGAAGAAUGCACGCAGUAUUUGUUGAAAUGGAUAAUGCUCCAUCUUAUACUGUAGAAAAAGAUUUGGCGAACUUGAAGGAGGCCGUCUUGAAACAUGACGAUGAAGUGGAAGUAAAUGGAAAAUUUGAACCUGAAAAGUGCAUUGAUCUCCACUUGCCUGUUCGAGUAAACGAGCAAAGAAUAAGCAACCUGCUGCAAUCUAUUCUAGUGGGGUUGUCUGUAAUUGCUAUGCCCGUGAUCAAGAUGAUACCUACCUCUGUUCUGUGGGGAUACUUUGCCUAUAUGGCCAUUGACAGCCUCCCUGGUAAUCAGUUUUGGGAGAGGAUGCUGCUGCUCUUCAUUCCUCCAGGGCGGCGAUUUAAAGUCAUUGAAGGGCUUCAUGCUUCGUUUGUGGAGUCAGUACCAUUCAAGUACAUCUUCAUGUUUACUCUUUUCCAGUUUGCAUAUCUUUUGGUAUGCUUUGGAAUCACAUGGAUACCUAUUGCCGGAAUAUUGUUUCCAUUGCCUUUCUUCCUUCUGAUAAGCAUACGAGAACACCUCCUCCCCAAGGUGUUUCCGUCAAAUUAUCUUCAGCAAUUAGAUGCGGCUGAAUACGAUGAAAUUGCUGGAAUUCCAUCUCGGGCAAGGAGUCUCUCACUCAGAAAUCGAGAAUCAGCUGAUCCUGAUGGUGAAGACGACACUUAUGAUAUAUCUUCUGACGAAUUAUUAGAUGAGAUGACGACUCGCAGAGGUGAACUGAAGUAUAGGUCCGUGAGCUUCAAUGAGAGGCAGAUUCAGGUUUUCCCUCAAGGACCUGACAGGAUAUGACUUGAGCUCUCACUAUAACAUCAGUACCUGAAGUCCCCAGUGGACAACUAAAGCAUAGGAAUACACCAAAAGAUAGAGAUAGAGAAAGGAAGAAGAAUGAAGAAAGAGCAAUGGUAAAAACAGUAAGAGAGCUGGAUAAAAUCUACCAGGGAGUCAACAGUAAGAGAGUUGGAUAGCACUGGACAAUACUGAAAAAAGAGAAAGAACUGAAGAUUUUGUAUUUUAGAUGUGCAGUAUGAUUCAUCACUGCAUAUCAAACUUGAAGACCGUUACUCUCCUUGCAUGAUCGUUGAAAAAAUUUAUAGCACGAAGGGAUUGUCUAAUAUUUGUUGUCGUUGGCUUUAAGCAGCUGGGAAUUUAGAAGGAUGUAAUGUAUUGUAAUAUAAACAAUAGAGACUCAAAUUAAUGAAAAUUGUUUGUAUUCUUUUAAUUUUUUGGGAUACGCUCCAUUACUAAUGCAAGAAAGUUGACAUAA